AAGUUCUCUCGCCUCCGAGCACCACUAGCCGCUUGACUUCUGCAUGGUCCUUCUUCUUGGGCAGUUGGACUACCCUGUCUUGCACAAAGAUGCCUUAUCCCCAUGACCAGCAGCAAUGCAAGCAAGGCAUCACGCUGCCGCCGGCACUCUGCAAGGGGCCGAAAAACGUCCCAGGAACCGCCGCAUGUCCAGAGCCAGUGACAUGCCCUGAGACGGCACCAUGUCCUUCAGGGAACCCGCUAUGCGCCGGGCCCCCAGUCGUCGGUCCUGCUCCAGCCCCGGCGCUGAGCCAAAACCAGUCCCUGUUACUCCUCCAGUUCCUGAGCCAAAACCAGUCCCUGUUACUCCUCCAGUUCCUGAGCCAAAACCAGUCCCUGUUACUCCUCCAGUCCCUGAGCCAAAACCAGUCCCUGUUACUCCUCCAGUUCCUGAGCCAAAACCAGUCCCUGUUACUCCUCCAGUUCCUGAGCCAAAACCAGUCCCUGUUACUCCUCCAGUUCCUGAGCCAAAACCAGUCCCUGUUACUCCUCCAGUUCCUGAGCCAAAACCAGUCCCUGUUACUCCUCCAGUUCCUGAGCCAAAACCAGUCCCUGUUACUCCUCCAGUUCCUGAGCCAAAACCAGUCCCUGUUACUCCUCCAGUCCCUGAGCCAAAACCAGUCCCUGUUACUCCUCCAGUUCCUGAGCCAAAACCAGUCCCUGUUACUCCUCCAGUUCCUGAGCCAAAACCAGUCCCUGUUACUCCUCCAGUUCCUGAGCCAAAACCAGUCCCUGUUACUCCUCCAGUUCCUGAGCCAAAACCAGUCCCUGUUACUCCUCCAGUUCCUGAGCCAAAACCAGUCCCUGUUACUCCUCCAGUUCCUGAGCCAAAACCAGUCCCUGUUACUCCUCCAGUCCCUGAGCCAAAACCAGUCCCUGUUACUCCUCCAGUUCCUGAGCCAAAACCAGUCCCUGUUACUCCUCCAGUUCCUGAGCCAAAACCAGUCCCUGUUACUCCUCCAGUUCCUGAGCCAAAACCAGUCCCUGUUACUCCUCCAGUUCCUGAGCCAAAACCAGUCCCUGUUACUCCUCCAGUUCCUGAGCCAAAACCAGUCCCUGUUACUCCUCCAGUUCCUGAGCCAAAACCAGUCCCUGUUACUCCUCCAGUCCCUGAGCCAAAACCAGUCCCUGUUACUCCUCCAGUCCCUGAGCCAAAACCAGUCCCUGGUCCUUCUCCAGACCCUGCACCAAGAAGAACCACCGCUCCUUCUACGACCUCUACCUCAACACCAACCACCACUUCUUCUACAACUCCUACACCAACACCAUGCCCUGCAGGGAAGAGGCCAUGCAAGGAACCACCUGUCACUGGUCCUCCAGCAUUCCCUGAGCCAGCACCGUGUUGUCAAGGGAAGCAACAGUGCCAGUUGCCACCAAUCUCUAUUCCUUCUCCAACCCCAUGUCCUCCAGGGAAGGGGCCAUGCAAGGAACCACCAGUCACCAUUCCUCCUGGAGGCCCUAAGCCAACCCCAUGUGUUCCAGGGGAGCCAACAUGCAAGGAUUCAUCGGUGAAAGCCCCCCCUUGUGUGAAGACAUGCCCGUCAACCGAACAGCCACACAGCAAGCAGCCCGGCCAGCUGCCACCCAAAAGGAAGUAA